AUGCCAUUCAAAAUCACCAUAAUAGGCGGCGGUAUAGGCGGCCUAACCCUAGCAAUCGGCCUCCUAAACCGCGGCAUCCCCUUCGAAAUCUACGAAGCCGCGCACGCAUUUACAGAAAUCGGCCUAGGCCUCUCCCUCGGCCCAGCAGCCUAUCGCGCCCUCCCACUUCUCGACCCCGCCCUGCGCGCCAUCUACGAUAGCCUUGUAACAACACACGCCGACAGUCCCGGCUACGAACAAUUUCGCCAGACAUGGUUCGAGAUAGUUUGGGGAUGCGGUGCGGCUGAAGGGGAUGUGUUGAUGGAUUUAAAAGCGCUGCCGAGUGGACAGACGGCGUUGAAGAGGGCGGAAUUCUUGAAUGCGCUUGUUGGGCUUGUUCCGGGGCAUGCAGUGCAUUUCGGGAAAAGGCUUGUUGGGAUUGUGGAUGGGGAGGGGGAGGGUGUGAGGUGUGAGUUUGAAGAUGGGGAGGUUGUUGUUGCUGAUGUGGUAAUUGGGUGUGAUGGUAUUCGGUCCCGGGUCAAGGAAUUUGUUUCGCCAGGUGACUUGCAGCCGAGAUAUAGUGGUAUGUAUGCGUAUCGGGCUGUGUUGGAUAUGGAGGAUAUGGUGGAGGCUGUUGGGGAUAGGAGGGCUAGGGUUUCGUCGAUAUAUGUUGGUAAAGGGGCUUAUGGAAUUUCGUAUCCGAUUAUGCGGGCGAGGAAGGUUAAUGUUGGGAUCUAUGUUCUGAGUGAGCAGUGGGAUCAUGAUUCUUGGGUGCGGCCUGCUGAGAGGGAGGAUAUGCUGCGGGAUGCGAAAGGCAUGGGACGGUUUGUCGAGGCUCUUGUUCAGCGCAUGUCCGAUACAUCACAGUGGGCUAUCUUCGAACAUCCCCAUAUUCCAACAUAUGCGCGCUCUCGAGUGGCAAUAAUGGGCGAUGCUGCUCAUGCCUCGACUCCACACCAGGGUGCUGGUGCCGGACAGGCGAUCGAAGAUGCUCAUGUUCUUGCUGAGCUAUUGAGUGAUGAGCGAGUGAAGACUGUCGACGAUAUGAUCUUGGCUUUCCGGGCUUAUGAUCAUGUUCGACGCCCGCGCAGCCAAAGGGUGGUCACAAGCAGUAAAGAAAAUGCCGAUCUAUUAUGCUUGGGAUUUGAGGGGGUGGGUGAUGAUCCUGCGAAGUUGGCGGACACCCUCAAUGAGCGUUUCCACUGGCUUUGGGACUUGGAUGUUGAGAAUCAGGCCGAGCAAGCAAAACAAAGGAUGGCUGAGCUGAUGGCGAGCCAUUCGCCUUUGGUUGGGGCACCUGCCCAUGUCAAUAAACUUUAA